CUUUCUUCAUAACCAACCGCGGGAACUGGUAUGGUCGUACCCUCGUCACCGAAAAGAUGAGAAUAACAAUGGAAAACUAUUCACUGGAUAAUGUGGGCAUAGAGUUGAUACAAAGCUCACAAAACCGUGGAGACGAAAAUGAAUACUGCGUUUCAAGCGUUUUUGAGGACAUCAGUGAGUUAGAAACUGUUCUGGAAACACAAGGAGAACAGAGGUGCCUUGCGUCAGGGAUCUCAGCGAAUAUCAACAGCAGACAACCACAAGAUGUAACUUUGGGACGAUCCUUACCACGACAGACUGGCAUCAGGAGCAGAACAGAGACCAAAGGUGCGAGUGCGUUAACGAGCAACAGAGACAGCCUAGCCGUGCAAUCUGACGACAGCAGCGUAUACCUGAGCGCCUCGUUAGACGACGUCGAUGCGGUGCCUAAUAGCGUGACCUGCUGUCCGGAACACAACGAGAGCGCUAAGGAAGGCGAGGGCGCCCUUCAGAAAACAGACGACACUAAGGAAGCGCAGAGCUCUACAUCAAAGUGCAGUGUAACAAUUAACUUUCGCCUCACUGAGGAACAGUUCUGCUGCAGCUCACGUGAGUCCUGUGUUCACUUAAAAGUAGAAAUUGAAAAAUUUGAGGGCACGAGGAACAGGAACGCUUUUGCUCCACAGGUGAGCUGCCAGCAGCAAACGCGGAAGACAGCGCGUGAGGCGGUUCUCUCGGUCACCUCCACACUGGUGACUAGCAGCGGCAGCGCGCGGGAAGACGUUGUUAAUCUACAUCGGCCGCCGCGUUCGGAUAGGCGCGCUGAGAUGGAUGACCCAGACGAGUUUCCGGGAAGCUCAACUGUCGAAGGGCCCGAAACUCCCGAGUACAGUCCCACGGAUAGCGAAUCGUCUGAGACUUCGGACGAAGCAGACGGUACGGAAUGUGCUACGAAAAAGUCACGCAGCCACACCGAUUUAGACAGUCACUUCGCAACACCAACAGCGGAAGAAAGUGAUACAUCGGAAUCUAAGGAAGCAGUUAAAGAGAAAAUUGAAGAAAGUGGCGCUGGUCAUCUAGAAGAUAAAUCUGACUCUCCUCAAUCCUACGGUAAUGAACGGCAUUAUUUUGAAGAAAAUAGGACAAACAAAGAUGCAGAGGGAGUAGAGAUAUGUAAACAAAGUCUCAAGGAAGAUUUGGACCGAAAUUCUAUGCUAAGUGAGAUAUCGCUUGAUAGUGAAGAUAAUAGUAAGACGUCAGUAGUUUGCAAGGAUGUAUCGGACGCAACACAUCCCGAUAAGAAUUCUACGCUCAAGGUCUCCGGGAAUCAUACAACAGCCGCCGAGAAGAAUCCCAGUGUAGAAUUUACUGAAGAUGGGAAGGUGAGAGCAAACAGACAGGAGAAGGGGGAUGUGCACUCUCAAGAAAAGAACUGUAAAGACGAAGAAAAUAGUCGUUCUGGAUUUUCCUUGCAAAUAUCUCUAGAUGAGGACAGUGUGAGCUCUGACCUCCGCUCGGAGUCUCUUGACGAGCGAGUGCUUAGUACCGAAAUGCUGAGUGAUUCAGAUGAGCAAGAUUUCACAUUUCACGGGAAGGAAAGAGCAAAGAUAACAGCAAAAGGACUAGACGAUUUGCCACAAACAGAGCUCAUUGGAUCUCCCGUGGGUGGUGAAACACAAGGACAAGGAGACAUUUCGCAUUCGGACUCUGAAGUCACAUCAAGUAGCGGCACAGACCAUCAACUGAAGACACCAGUCACACAAGAACUAUCUGAAGGAAUGAAAGAUGAACUUACUGUAUCUAACGAAGAAGAAGCUAAGUUGAAAUUGCCCAAGACGUUGCAGCAUGUGAGUGAAGUCCCUAGGGGAAUAUUCGAGAGCAUCCUGUAUAAACUUUAUAAUCGGAUGAAUCAGAGGUCACCGCGAACAUGGAGGGAUAUAUCAAGAGGGCCGUGCGUGAAGCAGCUGGUGAAAGCAUUUUCCAAGGAAGCAAUGGAAUGUCCAAAGUUUCCGAAAAGCCAGUCAGUUCCGGUACAGAAAACCAAAAAACAAAUACCGAAACCAGAGUUAUUUGAAUCGUUUAGCGACAUGGACGACUCUCCCAGGAGCCAGUCUGUAAAGGUACAGAAAACUUCGGAAGAAAUUCGAGAAUCGCCGUUAUCUGAGUCGUUUAGCGACAUAGGUGAUGAAGGAUUUAAAUGCAGAUUAGAAAGUAGUACCGAUGACGAACGUUUAUCAAGCGACGAUGUUCCAAUACGGUCUUCGACACCUUCUCAAGAAGUAGUGGUGAUGGAAAUAAGAGAUGAAUUGCAAAAGCCUGAUUGUUCUAGUAAGAGAGUAAUACAACUGAUUAAGAAGUUUGGUGGCAAAGGCAGCUUUAAGAAACACAAGAGAAAUGAAGGUAAUAUCGACAAGGUAGAAGAGCUUGGUGAAACGCAGCUUGCACCGAAAGGUCCAGAUGAAGGUAACGCAGUUAAGGAUGGUACGACUGACGACAAGGCUAAAAGCGAGGCUCUCCUUGAAAAGGAGGCUGCCUGCUCUAGAAAAGGAAGCUCCGCAUGGCUAACGAAUGUCUCUGUUAAAAAUCUAGUAGCUAUAUUUUCUGAAAUAUCUAAGUCACCUGUGCCGUCUCGAAGGAGCGCCUCCCGAUCUUCAAAAAAAAGCACCACUUGGCAGAGCAGAGAGGCACUGACUAAGGCUUCUCGGACGAUGGAGACGCAGACGCCAGGUUCUGAAGCUAUCGGAAGCUGCAGCAAUGUGGUGCUGUUGGUGCAGCCGGAGUACAGCGGAACCAAUAUGCUGGGCAGAGGAUUCGAGCGGAAGCGUAGCACGCUGUCGAUGUGCCUGCCGGCCAGCGAGCUGGAGGAAUGCGAGGCGGGCGGCGGCAGGUCGGGCGCGGACGCGCUGCGGGCGUGCGCCUCUGCCACCGGGCUGCUGCUGCUCUCGACCGCGGAGCCGGUGCGCGUGCACGCGCUCUGCUCGCCGGACGACAACCACGCGGCGCUCACGCAGCUGGCGCACCUGCUGCACAUGCCCGACCGCAAGGUGCAGGUGCGCGGGCGCUCCGUGGCGCGCGACAACUCCGUCGUCAGGCAGAUGGUUGCGCAAUGGGACCGCUCCGCCUCCACCUGACCAGCCCGCACCUCGUCGCUGUCAACGAGCAUAACGUGCGCCACGCGUUGGAGCUGCCUAGGCUAUAGAUGCAUACCAGUUUCCUCUGGGCGCCAACGGUCUAAGGUUUUAAAAUCGCAGAAAAGGAACUACACUCAAGAUCAGAUCUUGUUGUGUCAUUAAUGUUUUAAACACUUCAAUUACUUACCUUCUAUGUUUCAUUUGGUUUUGUAAUCGGCGUAAUUUUUCAGUGCGACAACCUUCCAUUCUGAAAACAUGUAUUUAGUUAAGCGCACACCGUAAGUAAUCCUUUUUUUGUUACUUUGUGUUACUAGUAGAAAAAUACUACCAAAAAGAACUACGUCACAGGAUGAAAUUACUUUUUUUCCACUGAUCGAAAAAUACCUGUAAGUUCCAAUUUCUCCUUCUGAUCUACUCGAUAACUUACGCGCAUUGCAUAUCCUUGUUAUCAAGGACAUCAACUACAUCCACGUCUAAUCCUAGUGUCGUUUUAAUAAACGUUGGUCUUGUACAGCUAUCAA